CUUUAGAUCCAUGUCUGUUUGAUUCUGAUUUAGUAACAAAAGCCAAGGAUCAUAAAGCACCAUUUCUACAAUGUCGUAAAUAUUUCCACACCAUAUCCAUGUCACAUUUAGAAGAAACAUUACCAUCAAAUAGUACGACCGACUUUGAUGCCAAUCUUCAGAGAAGUAUUAUCAUGAUGCAGGAAUUAAAUACAGAAAUGUCAAAAGAUGUGACCAUUUUAUACAGUGCGUCAGAUAUGCCAACAGACAAAGAAACUGGAGAUAAAAUUAAUCCAAAGUGGUUAAAAGACGACCUGGAAAAAGCUGGACAUUCUUGUUGGUUUAACAGUGAUAUGAGAACUGUUGGUAUUAAUGAAAUGACUCUUGCUCUAAAGAAUUGUAAGGUUGUUUUAGCUCUGAUUUCUGAUAAUUUUGAACGAGAUGAGAAAUGUCGUGAUCUGUUGUUAUAUACAAUAGAUGGUUUAACUAAACAAUAUGUUAUAGCACCUAUAGGUAAUAGUCUAGCCUGGUUUAAAACAGAUCUAGGUAUGAGGAUUGGACAACAAGAGCAAAUGAUUAUGAUUAAAAGUAAACAACGUUAUGCAGAGAAAAUACCAGAACUGAAAGAAGCCAUAGCAGAUAAACUAGCUGGUAUAGUUAAAACGGAAUUGAAGGAUCACCCAGAAUGUUUUUUAAGUUAUUGUUGGGCCAACUCCCAUGAUGCUGUUGAAAAGGGAUCUAAGAAAAUUAAAGGAGCAUUGGGCGAUUAUGAUCCGAGAGCUAUUAAAAAAUAUUUAGCUGAAAAAGGAAUCAACGUCUGGUUAGAUUAUGAACAGACAACAGUGAAUCGAGGUUUAUAUGAUAAUAUAUCUAAAGGUUUAAGACAUGCUAAAGUUGUGGUAGCUUGUGUAUCAGAUGAGUAUGUCAAUUCCAAGAAUUGUAUGAUGGAGUUAAGAUUUGCUGUUUUAACGUUAAAUCUACCGAUAGUGCUAGCUAUAGUAGGUACGGGUCGAGAGUGGAAAGUCUCUGAGGUUGGAAUUUUACAACAACGUUCUAAUUCUGCUAAAGUUUAUCUACAAAAACAAAACGAGUCAGCUUUAGAUACUUUAUGUUCGUUUGUGAAGGAAAGAUUACCAACAGCUGCCGAGAAACUACAAAGUGAGGCUUUGAAAGUGAAGAAGGAUAUAACAGAAAUACAUCAACAAGUUGCCAAGCAACAGAAAAACAACGUCUCUUAUCAGGAAGAGAGAGAAUUAGUACAGAGAAAGUUUAUGCGUCACAUCAUCUCGUUUAUAAGUAGAAUGGACCAGACACCCAUGCCUCGACUUAUUGUUUUAGACAUUGAAAAAACAACAGCAAGUACAGGCAAAGGAAGAAAACAGAAACGGCCCAUAACUGCAAGAAAGACAACUAGAGAAAAAACUCAAAUAAAUACAGAUGUUGAUAAAGAGAUUGAUAUAGAUGAUAUCUGGGAUGAAGAUGGUUUGUGUAUUAAGAUGAUGUGUGAAUAUGAGGAGGGCUGGCAUGUUUGUGAUAAAUCUUACCAUUUUAAAAGAUCGGAUAGUGCUAAAGAACAACUGAAGAAUAUGUCACCUUAUCUUGGACGUCUUUACGCCAUUGCUAGACAGAGUCAUAUCAAUUUAACCUGUAUAUCCAAUACAUGUAAUAAUGGUGAAAAGUUUGUUAGUUGGGUUGAACAGGAAUCAAAAGAUCAUACAGAUUUCGUUCAGGGUUUCCAAACCUUAAGAAGUAUUCUUAUUGAAGAUAAUUCGGACCAAAUGAUUGCUUUCUUAGACCAACUUGUUCGAUGUCAUUUACCAAGUGGUAAAAUCUACUGGUUAUGUGAAAAACAUCAGAAGAUGCCACGUAUAACCAAACUAAGUACUGGUACCGGUGGAUCAUCUGAAACGUUUAAAAAUUUAUACCAGGAAGAUAUUUUAUUAAAAGAAUACAUGGAGAAAUCUGAUAUCUAUAAACAGAAGAAAUCCCAGAUAUCUAAAACACCUAAAGUAGUUUUACCAUCAUUGACAGAUCCAGAAAACAGAUCUGCAUCAAAGCCAGAGCCAAAAGAAGAACAAAAUGUUGAUAAAAAAGCAUCAAAAACAACCGACAAGAAAACAAAAGAUGUCAAGUCAGAAACCUCGAAAGAAAAAGAUUCUGUUAAAACAAAAGAUGCCACCGCUGAAAGCCCAAAAGAAAAAGAGCCUGUAAAAAGAACAAAAUCAAAAAUCGGUUUCAAGGCAGCAUCGGAUGUUGCUGAGAUUACUAAUGCUGCGACGAAAAGUACUAGUGCUAAUGACAAAAAUAGUGGUAAAAAUAGUGCAACUGCAACAGAAAAAAGUAGUAAAACAUGCACAGUACAAUAGAUAUUUAUGUACAAACUAAGUAUUUAAAACCAGUGAUACUCAUUUACACAUUUUUUGAAUAAUAUCGAACUUUCACAUUUUAAUCAACACUAAAAUAUACUCACAUUGAUUAUUAUUUAAUUAAGAAAACAAAACAAAAAUAUCUGCUGGGAUUCAAUCAGAUUUUAAAAAAAGCCGAUAAAAAAUUUCACACAUCAUUUAUUAGUGCUGCCUUGUUUAUUGUCAUAUACUCCUUUACUAAAUCAACUUAUUCAUAUUAUUAGGGAAUAGUGGUCUGAGUUCUUUGUGUUAAUUGAGUUACUUCCCUUGAUUAAUAAAAGGCUUUGAUCCCACUCGGCAAACCUCGGCAGAUUCCGUUACUCUACAUUUAGCCUCGGCUGUAUGACGGUAAGUGAUAUGUACCUACGCCUAUACAAUUGCGAUGCGGCACCGGUUUAGUUAUUAGGAAAACUUGCCGCUUUUAAAAAGAAAUUAUCAAAAUUCGUCGUUCGAAGCGUGUGUAGAAUUUUCAAUGCAAAGUUGUUCUUGUUUGAAGAAAAUCGGAUAAACUUGAAAGAAAAACAGCUUCGGACUUUGAAAUAUUUGUAUGAUAAAACAUUCUUCAAAGGCGUCGUCAUGUACAACGCCGUUGGUAAUCCGGGAACUUGAAAGCAGUUCCAAUGGCGGACUUAGUCAUACAGCCGAGGCUAGAUGAAGGAUACUGGAAUCUGCUGAGGUUUGCCGAGUGGCUUUGAUCCUAGAUGGAAUUCUGGGAUGGAGUGAAAUGGAAGAUGGCUGUUUUUAAUUAGCUCUUCUGAUUGUCAUAAACAAUCCAGGCCAUCUUGUGGCCUAUACACCCCAAAACCACAUUAUAUCGCCUGCAGAGAAUGCCAAAUGUCGCAAAUUUGUCUUUUAUAUUUUACAAUUGUGUCAUUUGCAAAGAAUUCAAAAUCAUUCAUAUGAUAAUUAGCAGGUUUGAAUAUAACUUUAUUUUAUAUCAACUGUAUAUUUGUACUAUUGAAUUUGAAUUUCUCCGUCCCUCUAUUUAAGUGUGCUAAUAUGACAAUAUUUUUUAUGUAUUUUUAUUUUUUUCCAAUCAUUUUUUCUGACUGUGAUACUGUUUAUAUUUUAUUUUAUAUAUGUUUGAAUAAUUUAAUUUACUAGGAUUUGUCUAGUUUUCAUAUAUAGUACAUCUCAUACUUCUACUGCCUGAUUUUCUUACAUAUUUAUAUAUUGGUUAUUACAAAAACAAAAGAUUAAAAAAAAAAAUAGUGCUUGUCAAAUCAUGUUUCUGAAACAGUUAAACAUUACACAAACAAUGUUCUUAGACAAUUUGUAAGCAUUGUCUACUUGUCCAAAAACUGUCAAAUAUCAACCAAGUUUUCAACUGCCUGUUACUGUGUAUGAGCAUGCUUUAACUAGAUUUUUUAAUCCAUGGGCACCGACAAUUUGACAGUCACUUGAUCAGAUGUAUCAAUCUUUGACCAGUCGUCAGCUGUGGUUUCGACAGCAUCACUGGUUACCCAAUAAUUGUUUGUGUGUGCCAGACUUUACUUGUAAUCUAUGUAGAAUGUUUGUCGUCCACUGUGGUUUCGACAUCACCAAUGGUUACCUAGUGUGUGCCAGAUUUUACUUGUAAUCUAUGUGGUAUGUUUCUUUUCUUUGUUCACUUAUUUAUGUAAUUGACUUUAUUUAUUUUACAGGGUAUUACAAAUGUUUUUUUAUUUAUUUUUUCCAUAUUUUUAUUUAUUUUAAUUUCUAUUUUUACAAUUAUACCAUUAUUUAUCAUAGUAUUUAUAAUUACAAGAGUGCAACAAAAGAAUCUGUAAUGGUAUCAGGUGUUCUAAUAAAAGUAAGCAUAAUCUACCUUGUACAUUGUACCUGUGUCUAUUUAUAACUCAAUGGAGACCAAUACAGAUGGUUGAAUGUUCUAACACAUGGUUUCUCCCACAUUUAUACAUAACAAGAAUAGGGUCGGCUACCUCACAUCCGGGAUUCUCCCACUACUAAUGUGGACAGUAAACCCCAGUUCUCUCUAAAUGUUUAAAUAGAUUAAAUAUUUGGGUUUUAAAUGUAGUUUGUCUAUUUAUGUUUUGAUUGUUGAUUGAAUAUAUUUUAUGUCUUGUAAAACAUAUCAUUAGGCCACAUCAAUUAUAUUGCCUUUAGAACAAAUAUUGAAAUUUUGUUUCUUACUUCUUUGGGGAAAACAUAGUUUAAAAAUCAAAAGUUUGAAAGCUUUGUAAGUUUUGAAAUUUGAAACUAAUCAUCUUUCAUGUGAUUCAAGUUGCUUUUUAUUUAUCAAGAACUGAACAUCAAAUUGCUUUGGCCUUUCUAGCCAUGAUAAACACAGCUUGUCUGGAUGUUAGUGUCUAGCCAUGAAAAACACAGCUUGUCUGGAUGAUAGUGUCCAUACUAGCCAUGACAAACACCACUUGUCUGGCAUACAAUGGAGGUUUAAUAUAUGUUACUUUUUGUCAAAAGUGCAAUAGAGAACAACAACUCGAGGAGUAAAAAUAUAUAUUUUGGUGCACUUCGUAAAUAAAUUUGUAAAUUUAUUUAUUGGGUAAAUUAUACAUAUUAUUAGCAUAGUAUAUUUUAGACACUUUAGUCCAAAAAGCUCAAUUUUAACAAUGGUAAUAUUGGAAAUGACAAUUGGUAUAUGUAGAUGUGUGUAUCAUAUACUAUCUAUUAUAUAUUAUAUAGUUUAACAGGCUAAUAUAUCUUAUAUACUAUCUAUUAUAUAUUAUAGAGUUUAACAGGGUAAUAUAUAUCUUACGGGUAUAUACUAUGAUCUUUUAGAGGCAUUAAGUAACUGGAUAGAGCAAUAAACUAUAACACAUACUUAUGGAAGAACAAUUACUGAUUUA